ACUAGCCAUCGCGUUUCUGUGUACAUCUGGAAAAUGUGAACCUAAUCACCGAGAAUACUGGCGAAUCUCAAGAAAACGCACUUCCGGUUCCAGACACGCUUCCGCCGUCAAUUCAGUCAACCCGCAUCGCCUGUGUCGCAGACACGGAAAGUAGAACCGAAAUGGAACGAUAAACAGAACAAACGUGUCGACUCCGUUGAUCAGCAUAGCUUAACAUUGAAGGAGAUCGAACGCAAGCCCACAAAGGCUAUUCUAAGAAUCUGGAACAAAUUGAAGCCACGCAAGACCGCGAGAAAAAAAUUAGACCUCGCUAAGCACGAGUCGUUACCUUCUGUGUAGGUUUUUAUGUCGAAGCAAACAUGAAAUUGAGUUCCUCGUGUUUUGUAGAAAUUAAUAAGCGUUUCGUUUAUCUUGGGUACUUUAAUAUCUUCCUGUUUCUCUGAUCUCUCAUCGCAUUAACUUGUCUGAGAAAGAUUUUGUAUUGUCGCCAACGGAUAUUAAUGUAUCCGAGAUAAACAGAAUGCGGUGCAUUCUAUGCGAAUGAAGAAUAAUUUAUCUCAGACGGAGAUCUAAUCAUGUCGAAAAAACGAUGAGCGCGAGAUCGCAACGCGGGGUCAACGACGUAGCGGCGACCAAACGAUUUCGUAGCCCGAACAAUCGCACGCCAAAGCAGCACAUUACGUAUGACUAUGAUGCUGCGAUCAGUCAGCCGGACGUACCGAAUUUAUUAAAUUGUAAGAAGAUCGGUCGCGGCACGAUGGUUAGUGCACCGAUUAAAAAAAGGGCCGUAAAGCCUCGCUUAAAGGGACAAAUUACGUCGAGCAAGAGUUUUCAGAAAAAGUCUCAAGAAUUAAGAGCGAGACAAAAGAAUGCGAAAGAAUUAUUGUCUGUUAGUAAGAAUGCGAGUCACGAGAAAAAAACGAAUGCCCCUAAAGGCAUUCUCGAGGAAGAGAAACAGGUCGCCGUAAAAGAGAACGUUACCAGCAAUGGUGAUGUUGACAAUUCGUCAAAUCGCUUGGGGGUGUGUUUUCGUUUUCUUCUCCUUCUCUCUUUUAUUUUCCGUUUUCUUUUCUUUCCAAAGAAUUUAAUAAUGAAUGACGAAACUAUUUUAUCCAAGGAUAUAACAGAAGAAACGAUCACGACUGAUAAUCAAGAUCGAGUCGCGCAGGAAAAAAUUAAAGACGAUGAUUGCGAGAGUAUAACAAAAUCGCCAGUUCCGGUCAAGGGCAGUAAAAUUCCCCGAGCGAGGAUUAAUGUUUUUCCUGUUCACACGUUUCAGGAAUUCCAUCCGGUAUAAUAUUCUUCUGUCUCAAGAAAUUAAAAUAGUAAAAGUUAAAUGACAAGAAAUGGAUUAUGCCGUAGGUAAAGAAAUUGGCAGUAAAUAAAUUGAGAUGUCCUUUAGCAAAUUCUGCUAUCGACAAGUUAGUUAAAGUCUGAAGACUAUAAAAAGGAAUUAUCUAAUAUUGCUAGAAGGAGCGUUUUAACAAUUAAAUUUUAAUAUUAAGGAUUGAAAAUCAAGAAAGGGAUGGAAGAAAAAGAUCGUGUAAAGAUGAACCCAAUUCAUGUAGACAAGAAAUGGUUCGUUUCGACGAACUUCAAAACCAUACGAAGUAUGCACGGAGAAAAGUAAACGCAAAGAAAGAAAAUAAUAAUAAU